GGUAAACAGGCACAGGGGUGGAGUUAACUCUGUGGAAGUGGGGUGGGGGGUUAGGGAGGACGCAGUGUCCCGGGCUGGGACCCAAGAGACCCUGUGGCUUCAGUGCUAACCCCUUCUACUCUGGCUCAGAGAAGGAGGGAGAGGCCAGCUCAGCCCAGCCCAGGCGAUGGUUUCUCAGGGACUGCUGCUGUCUCUCAGGGCCUGGGUGGGUGUGAUGGCCUGGAUCCCUCAAUCACCCUGCUCUCUCCCCACCCAUAUGCACCCUCCCUGUGCCCCUCAGGGAAAAGUCACCCAGAAUGUGAUAGUUAAGAGGCUAAAGGGAUUCAAAGUUGUCUUUCCUUUCCCACAAAAGGAAACAGACUGGAUUUCUCCCCACCUACACCCUUUCCAGGUUCCCUUCCCCCAGAGGUCCCCACCCCAUCCUCCUUCAGCCUGGUUCCUGAGUUGCCAUUUCAGGGGCUGGGCACCAGGCCAGUUGGGAACAAUGGCCAAUGGAACUGGAGCUGCCAACUGCAACACCAGCUCAGACUGCCCCCCCAAGACCCCUAAAUUGCCUUCCCCCUCCUGCCUGGGAACCACCCCCCACAACCACCCUCACCACCCCCUCCCAUCCAAGGAACAUCAAUGCCCCUUUCAUCCCCACUUGGCAGGGUCUAUUGGAAAGGAGGGGCCAAGAGGGAGGAGGUGACCCAGAGUAGAUCCCGACUAAUCAAAUCCAGCUUUUAACAACCCCAAACCUAAAGGAUUCCCUCUAGAUCCCCCAAUUUGGGGCACCCAAGUUUUCCUCCAUUCCCUUCCCCGUUCCCUUGAUAACCAUUUACCCAGAAACUGACACAGAAGCUGGGCACCCUGGCUCCUUGCCUAGUCCCCUCUCCCCUCUGAAUGCCAGUUUAACACUCUCCUGGACAAGGAAAAGCCUGCUGGAACUGGGACCAUAGAUAAAAAUGCAUAGGACAGAAGAGAGCUCUCCCAGCCCAGCUGGAACUGGGAGAGAAAAGAGAGCCUGCAGUGAGAAACUCUGCCUGCUGCCUCCUCUGAUGUAUCUAAAUGGGAGAUCAGAGACUUCCAUUCCCAAAUGAUGAUUUUAGAAUCCCCUGAUGGAGCCCAACUGUGAAUUCAGCAAAUACUUUCAGUCCUCCCCUCCCCUCCUCCCUCACCCCCAAGUCUCCCCCCUUACUGUCCUCCCCCACCUCCAAUUGACCAUGGCAUCAGAAGCAGAAAGAACAUUCCAGCGGUUUGCUGUCUUUGGAGAAUCAUCAAGCAGUGGCACUGAAAUGAACAACAAGAACUUCUCCAAGCUGUGCAAAGACUGUGGCAUCAUGGAUGGCAAGAUGGUCACCUCCACUGAUGUGGACAUCGUUUUCAGCAAAGUCAAGGCCAAGAAUGCCCGAACCAUCACAUUCCAACAGUUCCAGGAAGCGAUGAAGGAACUGGGCCAGAAGCGAUUCAAGGGCAAAAGCCCGGAUGAAGCCCUGGAGAACAUUUACAAGCUCAUGGAGGGCAAGGACCCAGCUACCACCGGUGUUACUAAAGCGACCACGGUGGGCGGGGUGAGCCGGCUGACAGACACCAGCAAGUACACUGGCACCCACAAGGAGCGAUUUGACGAGAGUGGCAAGGGGAAAGGCAUCGCGGGACGGGAAGACGUGACUGACAACUCAGGCUACGUGAGUGGCUACAAGGGUGCUGGCACGUAUGAUAAGAAGGGCAGCAACUAGGGAGUAGCCGGAGUAGCCUCAUCUUUGCCUGUUGGCCCUUGACCUGCAUCUUGAACACCAGGGAGCUUGAGGGGGGACAAUAAACAUCUGUGUGUGCAGCA